AUGGACUGCGACAGCAGCGUUAGCGAGAGCGAGAGAAUUCUGACCGGACAAAACCAAGGGUUGACCAUUGUCGCCUACCCUAUACCUCCCCUGCACCUACCCUACACCUACUCCAGCGCCAGCCGCCACCCGCCGCUGCCCGACGCCGGAGUCCGCCCCGCCUACCCUACACCCCGUCCGUCGCCGCACCGCCCCGUCUCCCCCAUCUCCCGCCCCGACGCGCCCACUAACGGCGCGCCCGUUUUUGCCUACCCCGUACCCGCCCCGGGUGCCCCCUGGGGGAGACCCUCCACGCAUGCCCCCCGCCGUCCGCGCCCGCGCGCCCACGCCGCGCGCCCCUCGCCCGCCACAAACCACUCUCCGCAAAAAGGGCGACGCGCCCCGUCCGCCCCAAGUCUCGCCCGCCUACCCUACACCUACACCGUAGCCGGCCGCGGCCCCCCGCCACGCCACGCCACGCCCGCCCAAGUCCACCCCGCCUACCCUGUACCGCCCCGGGGACGGGGAGGCGCGUCGGCCUGCCCGACGUCCCGCCCCUCGGGCCAUCUCUCUCUGGUCCUCUCCCCCGCGCCGCCCGCGUCUGGCGGGGGCGUCGCUGGGGAAAUCGAGGCGAAGGACGGCUUACCCUCAGCAGAUCGUAACAACAAGGCUACUCUACUGCUUACAGGACCGUUUCGCACAGCUAAGUCGUCUGCAAAGGAUUUGACCCCGCUCGUGCUGAAAUUACAAUACGCGAAUUACCGCGGCGCGCUUCGGGCGCCGCGGAGGAAUCGCCUGCUAAGACGCUAA